AUGUCUGUAGGAAAGCUAAAGCAGACAAGAAAGGGGCCUUACAAAGUAAAGCCUGGUCCUAGACUUGGAGAAUCGCAAAGGAAAGUGAAGUCCUCAGCUCAGAUAAAGCGCGGGAGAAUACACCUCACAUGUGCUGACUGGCUUGAGGUUCUUAACUUCCGAGAUGACCACCCAAAUUUUACUCAAGGAGAAAUCGUUAAGUACUUCAGUACUCGUUACAAUCGUACCCUUGUCUUCACUCAAUCUUCUCUCUGUCGAAACAUUGCCCGCCGUCAAGAGCUUGAGUCUCGCGCAAAAAAAACCCCUACUGCCCUCUCAAGUAAACGUCCUCAUAUCGUUGCAAAUCCACAAGUCGAACAGGCUCUAGUCAUGUGGCAGCAGUCUAUGGAAGCAAGAAACGAACUUGUUAACGGAGCAAUGCUCAUUGAAAAACGGGCCCGCUUCGAAAACGCAUUCAAUGUCCCUCAGGAAGAACGCUUGACCAUUCUUGAAUUUUAUUCUUCACCGUGUCGAUUGUAUCUGACGACUCGACUUCAAUGGCAUCUUAUUCUUCACCGUGUCAAUCGUAUCGGACGACUCGACUUCGAUGGCAUCUUAUUCUUCACCGUGUCAAUCGUAUCGGACGACUCGACUUCGAUGGCAUCUUAUUCUCACCGUGUCAAUCGUAUCGGACGACUCGACUUUCGAUGGCAUCUUAUUCUUCACCGUGUCAAUCGUAUCGGACGACUCGACUUCGAUGGCAUCUUAUUCUUCACCGUGUCAAUCGUAUUGGACGACUCGACUUCGAUGGCAUCUUAUUCUUCACC